GACCACCGCUGCGGCUCGCGCUCACCAACCGUCUUUUUAUUUUGAAACGCCCCGCCGGAAAUGCUGGUUUUAACUCGGGCUGACUUGACGCUGCCAUGAACGAGCAGGCGGAGAAGAACGGCAUCUAAAAACCGACUUGGAAAAACUAUUUACCGAGCAUCUAGACUUGGCCUUUAGAAGGCGGCAACAUGAGUCAGGAGUCGCUGGAGUCUGAUGGGGACUCUGGUCAGGAUGUGUCUGACUUUAACUGGGAUGAUUACCUGGAGGAGAACGGAGCUGUGUCUGUGCCCCAUCACGCCUUCAAGCAUGUGGACCAGGGCUUGCAGACGGGCCUGACUCCAGGUAUGAAGCUGGAGGUGUGUGUGCGCUCUGAGUCUGACAGUCCCUACUGGGUGGCCAACAUCAUCACCACGUGCGGCCAGCUGCUGCUGCUGCGCUACGAGGGCUACCAGGAUGACCGGCGCACAGACUUCUGGUGUGACAUCAUGACGGCAGACCUCCACCCUCUAGGCUGGAGCCGCCAGCAUGGCAAGACCAUGAGAGCCCCUGAGGGUGUGCGUGAGAAGCACCAGGACUGGGAGGCUCUGCUGGAAAAGGCCCUGGCUGAGGAGUGCAGUGUGCCCGCCAACCUGCUGGAAUUGCCUCAGCGUGGCAGGGACCCCGUGGAGCUCCUGUGUGCUGGCUGCUAUGUGGAGCUGCAGGACAACGCCGACCCGGCGCUGGCCUGGGCCGCUGAGGUGGAGGAGAACGUCGGAGGCCGGCUGAAGCUGCGCCUGGUGGGCACCGAGGGCCUCCCGGACACACCCGCCACCCUCUGGCUCUACUACCUGCACCCACGCCUCCACCCACUCGGCUGGGCCAAAGAGCACGGCUACACCCUCAGCCCCCCCGCAGAGCUGCUGGCGCUGCGGACAGAGGAAGAGUGGGAGAAAGUGAGACAGAGGAUCAGUGAGCUGCCUCAGGAUGAUGCUCUUACUGAGGAGUUCAGUAAGGAUCACCCUGCCAUCACUCCUCAUUGUUUUAAGGAAGGGAUGAAACUGGAGGCUGUUGACCCUGCUGCUCCCAUUUCUAUCAGACCUGCCACUGUCACCAAGGUGUUCAACGAGCAGUACUUCCUGGUCAAGAUGGACGAUCUUUGUGGUUUUGAUGAGCCAGAGAGUGCAGGCCGGUCGUUCCUGUGCCACAGGGACAGUCCAGGGAUCUUCCCCACUCAGUGGAGCCUCAAGAACGGGGUCACACUCAGCCCCCCACCAGGAUACCAGGGUCCAGACUUUGACUGGGCCGACUACCUGAAACAGUGUGAGGCCGAGGCGGCUCCCCAGCAUUGCUUCCCCACUGAGCAGUCAGACCACAGCUUCAAAGAGGCCAUGAAACUGGAGGCUGUCAACCCGCUGUCACCUGAGAACAUUCACGUGGCAACAGUCACCAAGGUCAAAGGGCAAUACGUUUGGCUCAGCCUGGAAGGACUGAAGCAGCCCAUGCCAGAGCUGAUUGUUCAUGUGGACUCCCUGGACAUUUUCCCUGUCAGCUGGUGUGAGACAAAUGGAUAUCCUCUGGUCUACCCGAUCAAGCCCUCGGUUGAGAAGCAGAGGAAGAUCGCUGUGGUGCAGCCUGAGAAACACAGAACCCCACCCAAGUCUUCAUCACCUGAUACUGUGAAGCAGCAGGUGGCCAGCCAGUCGGAGACAGGACAGGGGAACGGGAAGUACUGCUGUCCCAAGAUCUACUUCAACCACCGCUGUUUCUCUGGGCCUUACCUCAACAAGGGGCGCAUCGCCGAGCUGCCUCAGUUUAUUGGCCCUGGGAACUGUGUCCUCGUUCUCAAAGAGGUGUUGACUCUGCUGAUAAACUCAGCCUACAAGCCCAGCCGUGUGCUGAGAGAGCUGCAGCUGGACCAGGAAGGCCGCUGGCAAGGCCAUGGAGAGACACUCAAAGCCAAGUACAAAGGGAAGAGUUACCGGGCUACUGUGGAGAUCGUCCGCACUGCAGACCGAGUGGCCGAGUUCUGCAGGAAAACCUGCAUCAAGCUUGAGUGCUGCCCAAACCUGUUCGGACCUCGCAUGGUUCUGGAGCGCUGCUCGGAAAACUGCUCCGUCCUCACCAAAACCAAAUACAGCUCAAGGAAACAGACCUCGUCGGACAGUGGGUUUACUGCGUAUUACUAUGGCAAGAAGAAGUCCAGACGUGUGGGCCGCCCACCCGGGGGCCACUCCAACCUGGAGGGAGGCGUGAAGAGGAGAGGGAGGAGGCGGAAGAGGAGGAAACAGCUGUUUGUCCACAAAAAGAGACGCUCCUCUGCUUCAUUGGACAACACCCCUGCCGGGUCUCCACAGGGCAGUGGAGAGGAGGAAGAUCUGGACGAGGAUGAUUCCCUCAGUGAAGACUCUGGCUCUGAGCUGCAGGACGACCUCCAGGAUGACUCGGAAUAUUCUGUUGGGAAGUCUCAGCCCACAACGCCGUCCCCCUCCCCACCAGCAACACCCAGGCCUACACGCCGGCGCCGGAAACCCCGCUCUCCCUCUUUCUCUGAUGAUGAGAACCGUCCUCCUUCACCAAAGACCUCAAAGACGGAGACUCCUCAGAAGCUGUGUUUGGACACCAGCCCCCUGGAGUGGAGCGUUACUGAUGUGGUUCGUUUCAUUAGGACCACUGACUGUGCUCCUCUUGCACGGAUCUUCCUGGAUCAGGAGAUUGACGGGCAGGCCCUGCUCCUGCUGAACCUGCCGACGGUGCAGGAGUGCAUGGACCUGAAGCUGGGACCGGCCAUCAAACUGUGCCACCACAUCGAGAGGGUCAAGCUGGCGUUCUAUCAGCAGUUUGCUACGUAGCUGAUGGGGAAUGAAAAGAGACAUUACUACAUCCUGCUCACUGUAUCAAUCCUGUGCGGGGGAGGGGGAAAAAAGUCAUCUCACUUUUCUACCACUGGACAUCCUUUAGAAUCCUGCAUACACCACAGCGAGGGAGCGUCAUGCAUGGACACGAGAUGGAUGGAGCAACAUGACUUAUCCAUUUGUGCAGAGUGACGUGAACACCAGUACUACAGCUCCAGUGGUCUGACAUUGUGUCCCUCCAUUGUUUUCCACCUGUCGCGCCGUCUUAAACAGGGAAUCACUAAAUUGCAGUUUUUAAUAGUCACUAUUCCAUGACAUAGAACAUUUGAUUUGUCAAUAUUCAUUAUUUCCCCCUGGAGCCAUAGAAAUAUAUUUAAAACCAGAUGGCCUGAGAAACGGCAACAAUGAUUUUCAGUGGGGAUUAGGGCACAUCAUUAUCAAUUCAUUCAUUAUUAUCAAUACAGUAUCUAAAGAAUAUAUAUUUCUGUGGUUUCUUGGUUUUGGAGAGCAGUUUAUAGUCACAUGCAGACUGGUCAGUCCUGGAUCGAAGACGUAACAGUCUAAAAAUUGCUUUUAAGAGGAAUACUGUUGCUAUAUUUUUCAUUGAGUCCAUGUCAAAUUAACGUACACAGCCCACCCUUUAUACAUGGCUGUAAUUUGAUUUGUAUAGAGCUGAACCACAUAAAAAUCCAGCGGGAAAUGCUCCCAAAAUCCAGUGAAAGGAGAAUUUAAUGGUGGAUUAUCAAAAGUGGACAUCAAAAUGUUUUGUAUGUAUAUGUAACAGUGCGAUUUCCUGAGUUGUCCUAAAACUAGCCAUUUCAGUGUGUACAGCGGAGAUGUUUGUUGAUGCCGGGUGUAAAUGUUGUCCAGACACGUCACUGUCCGAUGUGAAAGGGGCCUUACUCUUUUAAAAGGGAUCAGAGGAGUUAGUUAAUAAGGCCUCUUCGACUCCAGAGCGGCUGACAAUGCAAGGAUUCUAUAAUGUAAGCACAAGCAAAACCAUGUACUGUAUGGUGGUAUGCAACGUGUAUAUAACAGUGCAUGUGUUUGUAUAUAGUGUACAUAGUCAAAUAUCUUCUAGUGCAACAGGGUGAUUAAAAAGAUUUUUCUAUUGAGCAAUUAACUUUCUCCAUAAGCAUUGUGUAAUGCCCUAGGCAUAUAUUUGCAAAGCAUAGGCCUAAAUGUUUUAAUUUGGAUGCAGACUUGACAGAGCAUUUCCCAGCCUCUGCUUCGGGACAGGCUAUCUUUAGCAGGGGUUAAAAAAAAUAAUAAUAAUAAAUCUGCUGCAUCAUAACCAUAAUGAAGCAUAAUCCCACAUUUGAGUAAUACUGUUUCAGCAGUUUAAGAUCAUUUACUAAUUUUUAAAGUAGGCAAUAUAAAAGAAUUGUCUGUUUAUAACAGUUAACUUAAUUAUAGAGACCAUUUGGGUUGUAAUGGUAAAUGGGCAGUCUUAAAAGCAAAUGGAUCUACAUAAAAUGCUUCUGUGAAUCAAUUCAUCUGAUUUUUCUUUUGCCAAUUUAUUGUAGUCUGUGAUGUGAUUGAUUUUGUGUGAGAAAACUGCAGUAUUUGUUGCUCAUUUGCCUGUUUAGUAGAAGCUAUACUCAAAAACAAUGGAACUGAUUUUUAUUUCAUCUUUGGGAAUUGUUAUUUAAGAGAAAACUGCAAUAAAACCGGUGAACAACAAAAUGUAAA